AAAAUAGAAUACCACAAAAUCAAAGCUUUAAACAGGAUAUAAUCAGGAUACCGUGAAGGUUACGGAUCGCUCUUUUGUAUCUUAUUUUGACCCAUUUCCAAAGAACCCGCCCAGGGCAGGUCGAUCGGGUUAUACAUGGGCGUGAAACAGGGAGACAGCGACACCAACAGGAAUAUGUCAGGGUCGGGACAAAUGGGAUACCAUCGUUUUAAAGGUCACAUUGGACAAGAAAACUACAGGAAACUCCAGAGAAGUUUAAAAGAUAUUAAGAAAAACCUCUCCGUGGAACAUGUAUUAGAUGAUUUGAUAAGCAACGAAGUAUUGUCUAUUGAAGAUGGCGAAGAAAUUCGUCUUAAGGGAACAAACCCGAAGAUGGCAGACGCGCUGAUACAGAAAAUAAUUCAUGUAGGGGAAGACGGAUUUCGCAUCUUUGUUGACGUUCUCCAGAAACAAGGAUACGGAUACCUCAUAGCACCUGAGUCACCUGGAGUCGUGCAGAUGUCCCCCACAGAAUCCUCAGAUAAUUCAGUCACGUUUCUGACACCGACUUCAUCCCACGUCUCUCACCACGUGCAUUUUCCAGACCAGCUACUACAGCAGCCCCAACAUCUCCACAGUCCUGACUGGUCAACAAAACAACCACAAGCCUCCUCAAUCCGUACAAAGCCUUCCGACCUUCCUCUAGAGACCAUGACUGUUGUGGACGGACCCUGUCUGGACAAGGGUGAAGAGGAUUAUGACGAAGUUGAAGACACGGAAUACAGCGAUUACAGAGUGGGAGACAAGACAGAGAACAUAAUUCUGGAUGAACCCAUACCCUUCAGAGGAAAUGCGUCCAAUUUUCAAGACUGGUAUCCUAUGGUGAGGAUGGACAGGCGCCUUCGGGAGUAUCCCGGAUGUCAUCCCGACGUAGACGAACGACAUAUCAAGCGCAUUGUCAGAGAAAACCUGGACAAGGACGGCCGUUACGUGAUCUGGUACAGCGCUAAACGAGAACUUCUGAUAGUCACCGUCAUAUGUAACUCAUCACCCAAAGGACGGUACCACUACAAAGUCAAGGCGCGGAAAUCGGAAGAAGGAAAUGACGUGCUUUACCGCUUCAGUUCAGAGAUGCAAACAAAGUCAGUGACAGAACUUUUGGACUAUGUUAAAGGAGAAGGUCUUCCACCUCCAGUUCAGAAACGCAGUCCCGUGAAAGGCAGCAGUGGGAAAUAACAGUGUGCGGACUUAUAGUGUUGGGGAUUGAUAGGAUGAAGUUACGUUCAAGAGAAUUUUUUCAUCAAAUAUAAUCAUACAUAUUUCUGUGAUGGUUGUGAAUGUCUUUCAUGAUUAAAUCUGUUUAUAGACACUUAA